GUCAAGGGAUGUUAAGUCCGUUGCCUACGAGACCAGUUGAUUGACAUAAAAAGUUACUCGUUAGAUUUUAAAUUAUGUUUUUAUAAAUCCGGAUCAAAAGCAAAAUGGUGAUUGAUCCCUCAUGGGGUUUGAACCUACAUAUUAUCAGUUUUCAGUCCAGAUAUUUAACCGCUAGGCCAUAUCAUCCCAUCACCAAGUGUAAUGUUUAAGAAAAUCAACGCAGCUUUCCGUCCGAACCAUGGGCAUCGCUUACGGGACGGGUUCCGACCCAAGGAUGACUACCAUAGCGCGUGCACAGUGAAACUGGUCCGCAGCACGUCGAUGCUCGUGGUCGGGGAGAGCACUCGCGCGCAGCAGGACUCCACGCUGAAGCGCAGCGUGAGCUCCGUGAGCGUCGAGUCCAGUAUGGCCCUGUAUUAUUACCAGAGCCGAGAGGAUCGAGUAUGGCUCUAUUCCCAGAACCAGAACUGUUUGGAGUAUUUACAGGAACUGGUAGCGCUCAGGCGGCAAUACACCAAAAGUGUCAUUGACCUGAAGAAUAACGAACGGAAAGAGAGCGCGUCCCGCAAGAAGAAACCCGCACCUGCGCCACCGCAGAAAAGAGUUGUACAGACUUCACGACCUGAACCUUCUGCCCCCCCAAUCCCGAAUGAGGUAGACACACUUCAGUUCUUUGAUGAGGUGAUUGCAAGCUGUGACCUAGAACCCAAUCGAAAACCCCAUGUGGAUAACGGCCACGCAGAUGUUGACUUCAUCGUGGCAACCAGUACCAGUGAACAUGACCUUCACUCUAACUGGGUGCUUCGGGACCCUCGUAGAAUCUCCAUGACAGAAUCGCAGUCAAAGUCUUCAGAUAUCAGCCCUGGGCAGAAAGGAGACAAGGGAAACACAGGUAGUAGGAGACGCUUGCAACGAAACCCUAUCCACCUGCCAAAAGUGGUGGAGAGCGCCUUUCAGACUUUGCGCUUUAAACCAAAGGUAAAGAAGAAAGAUUAG